UUAUUUUUUAUUGUAAUGCUUUGCAUUCGCUUGCAAAUCUUUUGCAUUUUCUUGUCCGAGUUCUCCGUUAAACUAGUUUUGCGAACGAAUGAAACCUGUUUAAUUAAGAUAAAUGUAAAUAUGAUAAAUACCAGUUUGCAGCAUAAUGACUGGCUAUGUGCAGUUAAUUAAAUGUAAAUGAUGGACACUGAAGCUUUGCACAUUCAAUUAAAAAAAUUCGCUCUUCGGUUAAAAUAAGGUGGACACAGAGAGGGUCGUAGGUGAUGUUUGAUGCAUUUUAUUGUGUCUGCAUUGCAGUGCUUGUCCUCACGAGGGCGACAGAUCCUCAUAUUACAGCCUCUGCUACUCAUAACAAGCAAAAACAUUUAGAAGAACAAAUCCACAGUGCCUCAUGGCGUCAAAGGAUUUGUUCUUCUAAAGAAAGUGCCUCAUGUCAUCUAUAAUGCCCAAGAAAUCUUGGUUUAAUUGUGCAUCAUUUAAUGCUGUCUAGCAUCAGAAGUCGUUUGGUGUGGUGUAGGCGUUUUGCUGACUAUAUUAAAGUGCUCAGACUGUGUGUUUCCUCGGACAGUCCCGUCAGGUGCUGGAGGACCCGUUCAUUCUUCUGUUAUUGUGACUCAUUCAGAGCUCAGAUCCGUCAGAUCCAGUGUUCCCUGUGGGAAUGAGUCAGAUUAUGCGUGCAUAUAGCCCAUUACAUUGUCUUGUUGCUCCCUUCAUCAAGUGCGCUCAAACGGCUACACAGUUAGCAAUUGAUGUAAUUUUUACAGGAAAUUUUACAACAAUGUAUUGUAUUUGUGUUUUACCUGUAAAUGGCAAUGCACCAUGGGAAAUUAAUGGGCAGUCCUUUUUACAAUGGUUUUACAGCCACCGCGUUGCAUCAUGGGAUCAUCGCGGUCUGAAUUUUGAAUUUUUAGGCGGUUAGUUCGAAACAAACAUUCUGGGAGUAAGCCGUCAUUCAAGAAGACGGAAAAGAAGCAAUUCUGGGACGAAGUGAGCUGACCGAAUUCCUAUCCAGGAGAAGCUGCCAGAUGCCGUAGACAACAGGAGUCAGAACAUCAUAGUACUUCCGACAGCAGAAGACAGCAGGAGUGGGGAAGGUUCUGGAGGCUUACAAUGAAGAGCGUGGCAACAAAGCUAUCUGCACACGCCUGCUCACUUCAAUUAUGCCUGAUCCCUCUGCCAUGGCUGCUGAUAUUGAGAGAGCUGUCACCCUGCCAAGCACACCUCGGUUAGUUGUCCCAGGAGAGAUAUCUCGGUGGAAGGAGCGUGUGUGAUGGGGCGCCACAGUAACCUCCUGCAUGGACUGGCAGCAGUCUUCGCUGCAUACUUUGUCUUCAACUUGCAAUAUCCGGCAGAAGCCUCAAGCUCACUUGAAUUCCUUCAGAGGCACCAGAAACUCCUCCUCAACCAUCAGAAAUAACAUCACUGUAAUCACUUCAGGGAUUUUUAGGUUUUUGCACCAACAACUUUGGAAAAUCCACAAACUGCAAGGGUUUGUCUCUUCAUUAUCUGCAUUGGUGAUAUUUCAGAACUUUGUAUUUUUGUUCAGUCUCUGAUCCAUCCCAUGUGCUGAUCCUUCACUCCUGAUCCUUCACUCCCGUGUGCUGAUCCUUCACUCCUGAUUCUUCACAUUGACCAAGAUGAGUGUUUGUGGCCGUCUCGUGUGUUGUGCCGUCUGGCUCCUCGCUGUUCAGAACAUGAGCUGGUCUGCUGACACGACCCCUGACACGACCCCUGACCAACCCCACAAACAGCCCACACACACACGGGACGCCAUGCAGAGACAGAAACGCAACUGGGUUUGGAAUCAGUUCUUUGUGCUUGAGGAAUACACUGGGACGGAGCCGCUGUAUGUGGGCAAGCUGCAUUCAGAUGUGGAUAAGGGUGAUGGAAGUGUCCGGUACGUGUUGAGCGGGGAAGGAGCGUCUUCAGUCUUCACGAUCGAUGAGGACACAGGAGACAUCCAUGCCACCAAACGCCUGGACCGAGAGGAACAGGGUUAUUACACGCUGCGCGCUCAAGCCGUGGACCGCCACACUAGCCUCGCGCUGGAGGACGAGUCGCAGUUCAUCGUGAAGGUCCAGGACAUCAACGACAACGAGCCCCAGUUCCUGGACGGGCCGUACGCCGCACGAGUGCCCGAGAUGGCUCCUCUCGGCACGACGGUGGUUCAGGUGACAGCGACGGAUGCUGACGACCCCACUUACGGCAACAGCGCCAGAGUUGUGUACAGCAUCAUACAUGGACAACCUUACUUCUCUGUGGAGCCCAAGACAGGCAUUAUCCGGACAGCCCUGCCCAACAUGGACCGAGAGACGCGUGACCAGUACGUACUGGUCGUUCAGGCCAAGGACAUGGUGGGUCAGAUGGGAGGCCUGUCCGGCAGCACCUCUGUGACGGUCACACUCACCGACGUCAACGAUAACCCUCCGCGCUUCUCUCACAAGUCGUACCAGUUCUCCGUGCCCGAGUCUCUGCCCGUCUCCUCAGUGGUGGCCAAACUGAAAGCCGCGGAUGCUGAUAUCGGCUUCAAUGCGGAGAUGGACUACCGCAUCAUAGAUGGAGACGCUCCCGGGGUGUUCAACGUCAGCACAGACGAGGAGACUCAGGAGGGAGUCAUCUUUCUGCUGAGGCCUUUGGACUAUGAAACUAAGAGCAGCUUUUCUCUGAAGAUUGAAGCCACUAAUCGGAAUAUUGACCCUCAGUUCUUGAGCUUUGGGCCCUUCAGUGACUCUGCGGCUGUAAAGGUCACAGUAGAAGAUGUAAACGAGCCGCCGGUCUUCUCACCCCGGAUCAGUAAAAUGGUGGUGUCGGAGGCAGCGAGGGUUGGUUCUGUCGUCGGGGCGGUUUCAGCCCGAGACCCAGACUCGUCCAACAGCGCCAUCAGGUACUCCAUAGACCGUAACACAGACCUGGAGCGGUUCUUCAACGUGGAUGCUCUGUCUGGUGUCAUCCGCACAGCCAAACCUCUCGACAGAGAACUCAAUUCAGUCCACAACAUCACCAUAUUUGCCACGGAGAACAAGGACCCGUCUCAGGUUGGCAGAGGAAUCGCUCUGAUCACAGUCAUGGACAUUAAUGAUAACGCUCCAGUGUUUGCUAUUGAGUACGAGACACUCCUGUGUGAAACCGCUGCACCUGGACAGGUUAUUCAGACGAUCAGUGCUGUGGAUAAAGACGAGCCUCCCAGUGGCCAUCGUUUCUAUUUCUCUUUCGCUUUCUCUGCCGUCAAUAAUAACAACUUCACCCUCAGAGAUAAUAAAGAUAACACCGCAUCAGUGCUGACCAAGCGAGCUGGUUUCCGGAGGCAAGAGCAGUCUCUGUACUGGUUACCAGUGCUGAUCGUGGACAGUGGUAGCCCAGCCUUGAGCAGCACCAACACACUCUCAGUCCGUGUGUGUCAGUGUGACGUGGACGGGGUUCCUGAGGCGUGUGGAUCCGUGGCCUUCUCUCUCCCAGCGGGUCUGAGCACUGGAGCUCUGCUCGCUGUACUGGCCUGCAUCAUCACACUGCUGGUUUUGUUGCUUCUGAUCGUAGUGAUGCAACGCAGACGAAAAGUGCCUCUUUUCCUGGAGGAUGAGCGUGAUGUGCGGGAGAACAUCGUUCAGUAUGAUGAUGAAGGAGGAGGUGAAGAAGAUACAGAAGCUUUCGAUAUGGCGGCACUGCGUAAUCUUAAUGUCAUCCGUGAUUCGAAGGUACAAAACGUAACUCCAAUUAACUCUGUUAACCCAUACUCAGCUUCAGCUAGGACAUCGUACAAAACCCUUCCUGACAACACUGUCUUUCAAGAGUUUAUCUGGGACAGACUGAGAGCGACUGAUGUGGAUCCGUCAGCUCCACCGUAUGAUUCUCUUCAGACCUAUGCGUUUGAGGGAAAUGGCUCGGUGGCGGGGUCUCUGAGCUCGCUGGAUUCUCCCUGUUCAGAUUCAGAGCAGAGUUACGACUACCUCAGCAACUGUGGACCACGCUUCAAGAAGCUGGCAGACCUGUACGGCAAUCUUGAUGGAAGCAGGGUUUUCUCCUAGCCUUAAUGGUCAUGGCCUACAAACAAUCGCCAACACAACAAAUGUUAUUGUUCUGCAGGUAUAAGGACAACGUGAAAGGUCUAAAUUUCUUUAGUUGGCUUUAACAGGUUUGUCGAUUCAAAUGAAACGAAAGUGUGGUGCCAGGGUUUGAUUUGGUAGGUGUACUGUAGUGUCCCUUCAAUCUAACCACUGCCCUGAAUAGUUUAGUUUCAACCUUAAUCAAAGAAACCUGAGCAAACUAAUCAAGAGUGCGUUCGACUCAGUGCAGGUCUGCUCAGACCCAUCGCUGUCUGACUUGAAGCAGUGCAAUCUUUGUCUGAUUUAAACACUGUGCAAGCGUCGCUACGGGAAGCAGAAAGUCUUAGACUUCAUGUAUUCACGGGACUGUAGUCUACACCAGGAUAAAUGCUAUGAAAGUUCUCGUAAAUUGCCGUUGAAAUGGUAUUCUCAAUUGAAACAGAGUGGAGGCUUGAAUCAGUAAACUGUUUUUGACCUAUGCUGGCUCUUCAAUCUCGCCUUCAGAAGCUGCCUGCUAAGGCCAGCUGAAUGGAUAGCAAGCAGAACCCAGUAUCGCUGAGAAAACACUUACAGGGAGGUCUGGUGAGGCCUAUUACCUCAUAGAAAGCUAGAAAACUGGUUGCUAUGAACGCCGACUCUGGCUGUCAGUCCAAGGGUAGCCUGCUAAGGCCAGCCACCUGAAAUUUUUAUUAGGUAAGAAACUGAUUGCCAUAGACCAAUAUUGUUGGGAACGGAGCUUCAUGGUGGCCUGAUAAGGCCAACCGCCUAACAGUGGUCUUACUAGCUUGCAAAAAUUACCCACGCUGUUGGGGUUUGCCUUCUGGAAGGCCUAAACGGCCAACCAUACAGUGGCAAAUCUUAUUUGGCUGAUCAUAAUGGGGGCUUGCCUCCAGAGAGGCGCUCUGAAGCCAAUUGUCUGAUUGGCAAGUGAAUUUUAACAGCCAAGCACCCCAUGUUGGGGCUCAGGGUCAGGGAGGCCUGCUAAGGCCAGUGCCAGACCGUCAACACGGCAGACUGUAUACCCCGUCACUCGAAAACUCAUUUGAGGAUUUAAGAGGCCUACUCGGCCUGAAGCAAACAAGUGCUGACAGGCAUCUGCUGGGGACUUGCUUUCAGGGAGGCCUGGUAGGGCCUACUAACUGAUAGCAAGUCUAUUCUACUACCAAUACAACACCGUUGGAACCAUACUACACCAACUCAAAUAUUGGGGCCACCCACAGGAGGCCUCUUGAGGCUGGCUACCUGGUUGCAGCUUUAAUGUAUGCCCCACAACGUUGGGGCUCUCUUCUGAGGAGGCCUGUUAAGGCUUACUACCCGUCAGUGAGUCUAUUGCCCGAACUGCUAGGGCCAACCACCUGCGGUAAGCUGGCCUAAAGAGCCCUUUUUGGGGCUGCCCAUCAAGGAGGCUUGCUGAGGCCUACUACUUGACAGUGCAGUCUUCAUUGGCAGAUAAGCUGUUUAUACAGUCCCUACAGAAAGCCCUCUCUUUCUCCCCGAUGUCGGCCAGAUUCAACCACAGAUGUCUGUCCGUGGCCACCAUCUCCACCAUCAACCGGCCGGUCGCGGCAGCAGUUUGUACGGUGGCCCGGAGUGCUAGAUCUGUGGUGCGGCGCAGCUCAGCAAACUGCUUCAGGGGACAUCCCUGGCUGAGAUCCCCCAGCAGAUCGGCCUGGUAUGCCAUGGUGUGCAGGGCAGGACCGGCCUGACCCGCUGCCGUGUAUGCUCUGCCAUUCAAACGCGAUGUUGCUUUCAAAGGUUUGGAUGGCUGUGUUGGAGCUUUCAUCCCAGAUGCAAGAUAGUUCACAAACAUCUCAUCGAUGGGUGGCAUUGACACGUACCCAUGUUCUCCUAUGCCCUCAACAUCAGCGAAACUAGCCUGCUGAUGUCAGUGGAUACGGGCAGAAUAUGGGCUCUUCCAUGCCCUCUCGAUCUCAGUAUGAAGAUUGGUAAGGAAUGGAUGGCUCACCUGAGCUGGUGGUUUAUGGCCGGGGAGAAACCGAUCAUCAAUACACCCGUAUACACUUCCGGGUUGCACGCCUGAAGCGUUCCCCAAAGCGCCAUCGACACAGUGUGAGUUCCCUUUCAAAAGGAAACUACAUAUAGGUGAGUUUGAUCAGGGUUUUAGUUGAACUCCCCAGGGCAGUGGUUAUCCAGGGACAGAUCUGAGGAAUAU